UAUUUUUAAUGUCAGCCGCCGUUAAUAUUUGUCGGCACAGGGCUCUGAUUGUUGUGUAUAGAAAAGGAAAAAAAAUUGAUUUUUUAGAUUUGGUGAUAAAAAAGAAGAAAUUUUAGAAAAUUUUGCAGUAAAAUAUUAAAAAAUGGGUGCAGCAUUCUUUCCUAUUUUAUUCUUCACUGCUAUAUGGGCUAGCGUUGGAAUUGGUCUACCAUUGAUGACACCAAAGGGUCCACAUCAAAAUCUUAUACGUUGUACAUUAAUUUUAACGGGAGCGACGUGUUGGCUAUUUUGGCUGUGCUGCUAUAUGGCCCAAAUGAAUCCACUAAUUGGACCAAAAUUAAAUCAACAUGCUAUAUAUAUGAUUGCUAAAGAAUGGGGUAAUGGUCUCAAGGAAGGUUAAAUAUUUUGCAACUUCCUGAUUCACAUAUUUGCAGUAUAGUGAUGAAAAACUUUUAGAAAAUAUUCUCAAAUAGUUUUAAUUUUCCUUGUAUGUAUUAGUUUAUUAUGUUUCAAAAUAUCCUGUGUGCAUUCCUCAAAAGCUUAGUAUUUAUUGUAUAUUUUUGUUUUCUUCGAAUUUAUAAGCAAAUAACACCUAAUUAAUGUUAUUUUCGAAACUAUAAUCUCAACAUUUACCACUGUAUGUUUACUAAACAAAUGUUAUUGUGAAUUAAAAUAAAUAUAUUAUAAUAAUACUCAAA